UUAUUAAAAAAUAAAAGAUAAUAGAUGUUGAAAGUGUAGAAAACAUUCAUAUUUGCUUCUCAUAUUCUUAGUGCCUCAUAACUUCUCUAGCAGUAUUUGAGAUAAAUUCAAGAUUCAUACUUUAAAAAAAUCUUGAAAAUGAUUGUUACUUAAAAAUGUAUAUAUUAUGUUUUCCUGCUUGAAAAUGCCAAAAAAUCAGCAAAAAAUUUGAAGGAACAAAUCGUAUAAAAUAACUUUGGUUGAUUAUAAAAUGAAGUAGACUAUAUAUAUAUUUAAUAAUAGAGAUUAAUCUGUUUCUAAACAAAUUUAUCGUAAACAGGGUUGUUAAAGUAUAAAUAAGUGGAGUUUUCAUUUUACUUUCAACAUUAAAAAAAACACUAUAUACGUUAUGAAAACAAACAUCGUUAUUAAUAAUAUAUUUCUAUUAAUUAAAUAUUCAAAAAUUACUCUUCAAAGUUUUUUCAUAACGUAUGAUUAUUAGCAAUGGUUAUUUUCAAUAAUGGAAAAAUUAAAAGACGAAGGUCAAGUAUAGUCGUGCAAAUGUUAUGUUUUCCAGUUAAUGGGCUCAAAAAAGAUCUUUUUGACUGGUCAUUGAAAUCAGAAAAUUAUCUUAUUACAUGUCAGAAAAAAAAGAAUCAGUUAGUGCAAGUAAAUGGAAUUGAAAUUGCAUUAUUUAGAUAUGGAGAAAGAAUAUUUGCUAUUAAAGAAUAUUGUCCGCAUCAAGGUGGUCCAUUGCAUCUUGGAGAAAUUGAGGAACUUCCAGAUGGAGAACCGUGCAUCAAGUGCCCUUGGCAUCGCUGGUGUAUGAAAUUAAAGGAUGGAAAGAUAGUUUCUAGUAAAAACAGGCAACCGACUUCUGUGUAUCCAGUUAAAGUUGAUGAAGGAGGAAACAUUUUUAUAGAAUUUCAAUGUAUCAAUGAAAAAUAUUUUACUUCAGAAGAUUUUUGAUUUAUAAUCAAUUUCUUAAAGCUCAAACAAUAAUUGUGGAAGUUUGAAAGUCUUUUAAAUAUUUUCAGAAUUUCUAUAAUGUCAUGUUCUACAAUAAUUGUCUGAAUUUUAAUGUAUAUUAUACUUGUGGAAUUGAAAUCAGAUCACCCAUUUGAUUGUAUUGGAUUUGUAAAUAUUGUAUAUAUGUACAUAUCAGAUAUAUAUUUAAAAAAAAAAAGUUU